AUGUGUUCGUCUUUCAAUUUCCCUCAUCCGACUACUACAGCCGAUGAUUUCGAGAACCCUUAUAAGGUGUAUUGGGUUGAUCGUUCUGUCGCCCUUGACUUGGUCGGUACGCAUGAGACUCCCAAAACUGUGAGAGAAGGCUACUACGGAGCCUAUCUUUCCUUCUUUCGCUCAUGCGGUCUUAUCUUCCCGAUCCCGGAGCCAAUACUCGAGGUCCUGGCGGAGCUUGGGUUAUCGCUUACCCAGCUUCUCCCGAACUUUCUUAGGCAUCUCGUCGCCUUCUUGGUUAAGGCUAGGGAGGAGGGUCUUGCUUUUCGUCGUAGCGAGUUUCGUCAGCUCGUUCUGGUCGCCACUUCAUCGAGGACAUCCCUUAUCGACAUGAGAAGUGGCGCGAGCAAUUAUUUUGUUUUCAAGAUGGAUCGAGCAUCUACGGGUGACUACGACUUCUCCCAGCUUCCCUGGCAUUGGGCCGAGAAUAUUGAUGAGAUCCAUGGUCUGAUGAGGGUCCUUCGGAGAGGUCGUUCGAACUGGUCUACUUUUGAUCGAUCUUGGAUUCAAACUAGCUUCGCCUUGCCGGUGAGGACCGACAGUGCUCCUUUGGUUGAGGAGUCUGAAGACGAGGCCGAACAUUCCCAGGAGCUUGUGAGGAGGUCGUCGUUCCGAACUUCUGGGUCAGCAUCGAGGGGCCGAGCUUCCGGAAAAUCUCCCUUGAUCUCGAUUCAUGAUUCCGACGACGAAGAUGUUUCAGGAGAAUAUCGACCUCCUGUCUCGUUGAGUCCUGGCUCAGAAGACAAGACUGUGGCGGCGACUCGCAAGCGACGUCAGUCAUCGGAGGGUGCCUUGCCUGGUCCGUCUCAUCCUAGGCUUGUUUCUGAGGGAGAUGGUUCUUCGUUUGCGGCCCAAAGCGACCUAAUUUCCCUCGCUGGUCGCAUGAGGUCUGCGGGUUGCCGUCUCCCAUCUCUCGCUUCCUCAGUCGAGAGGGAAGCCUACGCCAAGGUUGAUGUGGCAAGCUCUAAGGUGAUGAAAGCUUUUAAUGAAUAUGUUGUGACGAUGGAAGAUUAUGUCGUGGCUUCUCGGAACGACAUGGAAAUCGAGAGCAUUGGUUUUGAGAUCAAGAGGCUUUCGAAGGAGCUUAAAGUCACCAAGCGAGAAGGGAAGAAGGAUGCCGAAAAGAUCGAAGCUUUGACUGAAGACUGGAGGAGAUUUCAUCUGGAGAACGAGGCUCUCACGUCCCAGAAGGUUGCUCAAAGGGCAAAAAUUGCGGCGCUCGAGGUCGAGAGAGAUCGAGACAUUCGCAGCGAGUCUCGUAUUGCACGUCGCGAUAUCGCGGCUAAGUAUCGGGAAGUUCUUGAAUCUUUGAAGGAUAGGUGGGCGAGCAAGAAGAAGGAAGUGUCUACUGAGAUCCGGCUACAAGAGGUGACCGCCAACAUCGAUCUCCUGACCGAGCUCAAGGAUGGGGGCCUGACUGUGGAUGCGGACCUUGCUCGAUUAAAGGGAAUGGAAGGAGACUGCGAGGAUCUUGUCGCCUCCGCCGCCGUGCCGGAUUGGUCGAUCUCCGAGGUCGAUCUUCCUUAA